AUGUCUUCAUUCUUCUCCCGAGCGGCAUCAAGUCCGCACGCACAACUCGCUGCCACGGCAGUCUUGUCUGGUGCGACUGUGGCAUGUCUUAUCCUUGGAUACCAAGCAUUCGAAAGAAAAGAGCGCAUUGAGGACUUGAAGAAGUCCAUCCCCUCGUCUUCUGAAGAAGCGGCAAAGCCGCAGCUCACCCAGUUCGGCGCCGCAUCUCCCCCCAUUGACAAGGAGGAUGCACGCAACCAGGCUCUCGCGAGGAGGGCGCAAGCCGGCGACUUUGACGAAGAACUCAUCCUGGAGCAGCUGGCCCGCAACAGGGUAUUUCUGAAGGACGAGGGCCUGCAGAAGCUCCGAAAAUCAUUCGUCAUCGUCGUUGGCUGCGGCGGCGUCGGCUCGCACUGCACCGCUGCCCUCGCCCGCUCCGGCGUCUCCAGGAUCCGUCUCAUCGACUUCGACCAGGUCACUCUCAGCUCGCUCAACCGCCACGCCGUCGCCACCCUCGCCGACGUCGGCAUCCCCAAGGUCCAGUGUCUCUACCGCCGCCUCAUCGCCAUUGCCCCCUGGGCCAAGUACGAGCUCAAGAACCAAAAGUUCGAAAAGUCGGCCGCCGAGGAGCUCCUUGCCCCCUGGGCCGAGGACGGACAGAAGCCGGACUACGUUGUCGAUGCCAUCGACAACAUCGACACCAAGGUUGCCCUGCUCAAGUACUGUCACGACAACGAGAUCCCUGUCAUCUCCAGCAUGGGAGCCGGUGCCAAGGGCGAUCCUACUCGUGUCAACGUCGGCGACAUCGGAGCCAGCACGGACGACGGACUCUCGAGAGCUACGCGCAGAAAGCUGAAGCUGCAAGGCGUCACUGGCGGAAUCCCCGUUGUCUACUCGACUGAGGUGGCUGGCGAGGGCAAGGCCGCUCUCCUGCCGCUGUCCGAGGAAGAGUUCAAGAAGGGCACUGUCGGCGACCUCAGUGUGCUGCCUACCUUCAGAGUGCGGAUCCUCCCUGUCCUCGGAACCAUGCCCGCAGUCUUUGGCUACGUCGUUGCAAACCACGUCAUUCUCAGCAUCUCUGGCUACCCCCUUGACUACGUCCCGGCCAAGAACCGCGACAAGCUCUACACGGACAUUGUGGCAUUCGUGCAGGGCUCGGAGACAAGAAUAGUGCACCACCGGUACGGAAUCGAGGAGUCCAGGGGCCUCCGCAUCCCCAUUUCCCUCGGCGACGCGGCGUUCCUGGCUGAGGAGCUGUGGAAGGGACGCAGCGCCGUCACCGGCCUCAUCAACAGACUUGUGCUUGUGCGGUGGCGGAGACCCGAGGGCCCGACAAAGCUGCGCAUCGGCGAGGGUGCCGAGGAGCAGAAGUGGUCCAACAUCCGCUUCCGCGACCUCGUCUGCAUGACGAGGGACGAGGCGCUCCGCCACGAGAAGGAGUACCUCAAGAAGGACGACACGAAGCUGGAGGAUCUGUACGAUGCCGAGGUGAUUGCCCGGAUCGAGGAGAGAUUGAAGGAGGCUGUCGAGGUUGAAAAAGAUAGGCUGUGA